AUGUUUGUUUCUCUAUUAAUACACCUCCAUCUCCCAUCGGCUAUAGCUGCUCUUGAAGCAAUUGAAAAGCUCCAGAAGAAUGUGGAUACACUAAUAGUGAUUCCAAACGACCGUCUACUGGAUAAUGCUGAUGAGCAGACUCCACUUCAAGAUGCAUUCCUUCUAGCAGAUGAUGUGCUCCGUCAAGGUGUCCAAGGGAUAUCCGAUAUAAUCACCAUCCCUGGUUUGGUGAACGUGGAUUUUGCAGAUGUUAAGGCAGUCAUGAAGGACUCUGGUACUGCUAUGCUUGGAGUGGGUGUCUCCUCCAGUAAGAACCGCGUAGAGGAAGCAACCGAGCAAGCAACUUUGGCACCACUUAUCGGCUAUUCUAUUCAAUCCGCUACUGGAGUUGUGUACAAUAUAACAGGAGGGAAGGAUAUAACCCUGCAAGAAGUAAAUAGGGUGUCACAGGUUGUUACGAGUUUAGCAGAUCCUUCAGCAAACAUCAUUUUUGGGGCUGUCGUGGACGAGCGCUACAAUGGAGAAAUACAUGUCACGAUAAUUGCAACUGGUUUCACUCAGUCGUUUCAAAAGAAUCUUCUGACCGACCCACGUGGAGCAAAGGUAGCUGAUAAUAACAAGUCCACUGGGAGACUAGACAUCUUGAAGUCACCACUUACUCUCAAUUCAUCGAAAUCUCCUGUCACUAGUCCUCAGGCGCCUCCUUCUCGACGGCUCUUCUUUUAG